ACUCGCUUGAGCAAUUCUUCAAGUCCUACAUUUCGCCAAUAUGAAGUUCACCACCAUCAUCACCGUCUUUCUGAGCAGCCUCCUCACCACUGCAACAGCCAUCGACCCCGCUGUGUACGCCAACACUUUGCAGGAACGACAAGUUGCCGGCGCCAUGGAGACCCAGAACUUGGUCCGGGCCGAGAGCAUCCUCAACACGGCGCCCUCCGGGUCAGUCGGCAACAUCCGCAGGCGCCGUCUCCGUGAGGCUCAGGAGAGGCAGUGCGUGAAGCAGCCUGCCACGGAGUGCAACAAGUGUAUGGACACCCUUGUCGGAUCAGCAAUCUUUGAGAUGAUGGAGUGCGGUAUUGCGGCUCUUGGCAUCGGUGCGAUUGGCGGAGGUACCACCACUGCACUUGCUGCCAUGGGGUUCUUGGCUUGUGACGGAGCCGUCUACAAUAACUACGAGAAGGGCCUGAUUGAGUGCAGAGCCUUUUAG